GGACCGCUCAGCAGUCUGCUGCAGUGCUCGGACACCGCAGGGGCGUAGUCCUAUCGGCAUUCGGGCUGCAGACAUAGUCCCACAUCCAGGCCUGUUAGAAUUACGCUAUUAGAGGCUACAGGAGGCUAAUAGGCUCCGGCUGGUGUGAAGGUUGAUCUGAUCCGACAGAUAGCCUGUCUAUCGCCAUGGAGCUGCACCUGUCCGUCGUAGGCUGUCUCCUCUUUGCCAACAUAAUGAUAACGCAUCAGACGACUCACAUGAACCCAGUGACUACAUUCCUGUUUGCUCCACGUGGGCCCCAGAUGUUCCCAUGUCUCACCUACCUGGAGCGAAAUGUCAGGGUGGACUGUGAGUUCCCGGAGACCUACGAGGUCCCCGGCCCCUACUGCGAGUAUCGGCAGGACAGCCGGCUGGUGGGGACCACCUUCCCCAACCAGGUCAUCUACGUGUCCAUAGACGACCGUAGAAGGAGCAACGUAAGCCUGGUCUACCCUAAUCUCUGCCGCCUCACCUGGGCGCCGAUGGCUGAUGAGAAGCCGUACACCUACACCUGCAGGGUUUAUCAGGGGAGCACCUGGAAGGAGAACAGCAUGGCCGUUCAUCACAGGCUUCUUCCAAUCUGCUCUGCAAUCAGUGUUAUGUUCAAAUCAGCACCUUGGCUUUUAUCGCUGGUGUUUUCACUUCCUGUGGCUGUGGGUCUUCUGAGUCCUUGAUCUCUCUAUUUCUUUCACAGAAUAGCAACUCAGCGGGCCUUUCUUAGUACACGAUUUACGGCUCUCUCUGGCAUGAUGGUUGUGCAUUAACUCAAGUUAUAGUCAGAGAGUAGAAGCUCUAUAAAUGAAGACUGAAUAAAAAUUUUAAAAUAACCUCUCCCUUAGCAUUGGACUACUCUUCAAAAAUGUACCGCUGAUGUGUAAGAGAUUUUAUGUAUCAGACCUCACUGUCACCUCAGUACCUUGAUCACCUUUGUUUCACAAGGGAAAAGAAUUCAUGACCAGUGGAAAUGGCAAACACGGCAAAUGAAUGCAGCACUGAAGGGUGUUCGUUCUCUUUUAUGAUAAAAGAUUUCUUUGCUAACAAAUCUUUUAUGAUUUGUUUUAAAUCAGAUUUUUUUUCCUCACCCCAAAUGGAGGGAGUAUAAUCGGUUGCGUUUGUCUUUAUUAGGUCUCUCUUGUAAAUACGUUUCGGGAUAUACAAAUAUUUUGUUAAUGAAAUUUAUUAUAAAUAAGUUUUAUCAUAUUAGAGACGCUGACAGAAGAAUAAGUUUAUAUAUGCCCAUAUUAAGAGUGGAGGUCAUCUCUGAGCGCUUUUGUUCUUCUAUCAUAGAGACAUAUCUAUAAAAGAAUAGAGAGCCCUUUGUUGCCACCAGUUUGCGCAACAGUGCAUACGGUCUGUAAACCUAAAGAUGUAUUCAUUUGGCCGCAAUGACAUUUGAAUGACUGUAAUACAUAACUGCACUAACACUGCCUUUCCUGCUAGCACUGGACCCCUUUGACCUUUAGCUCAUUUAAAUUACACCUGGACACUGGAUCUGCACGUACGGCCCACCUGAUAAUAAGAAAAUCACUCAAAUAAAACCUUUUUUUGGAGAGCAGUAACAUAGCUGGGAUGAUCGAUCCUUCCCUCGAAGAUCUCGGAGUCACUCCACCAUGUUUCAGUCCUUACUUUAAAGGUCCAAAAGUUGAUU